UCUUAACACUAAUCACAAUGUCAUACAGUCAUAUGAGUUUUAAAAAUUCUUAUAUUUUUUUAUUAAUUCUUAACGUCUGCUUCAUCUUGUACAACUUAUUUAAUCACGCUGAAACGAUAAAAUAUUGUAUGUAAUUUUAUUUCCCGACGCCAACAAUAUAUCAUUUUUUUUACUAUGUUACGUCAUUAUUUCUGACUGUAAUUCAAUAAUGGUUACCGACUGCAGUUAUAUGAUGAACUUUGUGUACAUACAGACGGUAAGAGUAAUACUUUGUAUCCUGUACCGCACUUUGAUAAGAGUUUCUUAUCAGCAUAAUGUCUAACAAUUUAAUACUCAAAUUAGUGGUUUGAAUAUAGAAGAGUAAGUAAUUGUGUUCAUUAUAAUAAUAAUUAGCAUGCAUUCUACAAAAAUACACUUUUUUUACUAAUAACAUAUGUCCACAUAUUCGAUACGGAACGUCAUGAAGAAUGUUACAUGUCCUAAUAGGUAAUUAAAGAAAGGAAUAAGAAUACAUAUAAUCUAACUGUUUCAGCAAGAUACUUAAAGGUGAUAAGCCCCAAGGGCAACUCAACUGCAAGAUUCACUUUAUACACCAGACUUUUCAGUCAGUUCAUUUUCCCUUCUAUUUCAUUUUUCUUCCGUACUGUUCGCAGAAGUCUUCUCAUUUUUCUUAUUCAGAAUUUACUUUUAAAGAUUUUCUUUUCGCUUUGCAGCCGUUAAAUUAAUGGCUGCCGUUUAUGGCUAAUGGAAAACUUUAAUCUGUCCACACGGCCACCUACAAUUUUCCGUUAUUCUCUAUUCUAUAUAUUAAUGAUGCAAUUGCUCCUUUCAUUAUAUACAAUCCAAUAAUAUCGUUUAAUCAAUGUCGUCAAUUAACCCUCGCCAUCUAAAGUAUUUACUUGAAGUCAUCAAAUGUGCAAUGGGCAGACAAAAGUUCUAUAGCAGUAAAAGUGAUUAACAGCUUGCUAAGGAUAAAUGAGAGAAGUAAAUAGGAUUGUAAAAAACUCUGAAUGUAAAUGUGUAUCGUAGCAUCAACAUAAUCAGCUACAAUGAAAGUAUUGUCCUACAAUUACACAGUACUUUAAAUCUCAAUAAGUAUGUAUAUAAUAUAUAUAGUUUCAUUAGUAUCGCUACUAUUUCCUCAGAUACUCAUAGAAAAGUUCAUAACCCAUUACUUGCACCUAUACUCAAGUGGACGUAAAAUUUUGAAUUGACUCCCAACAAUUCUCCAAGCCAUCUCAGAACACGAUUCUACUAUAAACUAUUUACACCAAUACGCCGUGCUUUGUUUUACCAUUCGCAGUUUCUACAUUUAAUCAUUUUAAAUCCAUAUAAGUACCCUGACUUUGUGUGAAAUGUCGUCAUAGCGAUCCGGGUGUUGUAAGUCGUUAUUAAAUUCGCAUACGUCAUAUCGACGUUUUGUGUAACCUGAAAAACGGAAGUUCAAGAUCGAAGCAUGUUUUUUAAAAUUUAUCGAGACAACAGUCUUCCUGAAAAAAAAAUUCAACUUCAAGCACGUUGACAGAAAUCAUAGGGGAUGAGAUCCAGCUCUACCAGACUUUCUUACAGAAUUGAAAUAUAAGAUUACAUUACAAAGAGGUCUGUUACUGCUUUGCUCACGAGUAACAUAAUAACAGACAUUACGUGUAAUAAAUGCCCGGGGUUUGCCCACGUUGCCUUCGCGAGGUUUACUUCGCCGAAGAGAAACGAGCCCUUGGAAAAGUCUGGCACACCUUCUGCUUCUCUUGUCGCAACUGUCGAAAACUCUUGGAUAGCUGCACUGUGUCAACGCAUUGUGGCGAAUUGUUUUGCCGAAAUUGUUGCACCAGGUUAUUUACACAGAGUAUUAAACCUUCAUCACCUUCUACGGACUGUUCAGACGUGUUGAAGAACACGGGAGUAACUCCUGCAGAAACGAAUUCUAUUUCUGAUUCAAUAUCCGAUUGUUGCUGCUGCUGCACGGAGAACGCUCCUGACACUCCUUCGGGAAUUACGAAAAAUUCUCAAUUGGAAGAGGGACGACUUCGUGGAGGUGGUGGGGAAGACGAGGAUGUCAAUUGUCAUCUGACAUCGGGUACGGAGCGUUGUUCAGAGAGCGAUUGCUCUAAUCUGGGAAUUAUAAGUUCUGUUACACUCUGUAACCCCUCAUCAAGUCCGGCUGCUGUCACGACUUGGUACAAUCGCCAGCAUUCAGCCUCACAAAGUACUUUUGGCUAUCAACCUUGUGCGCGGUCAUACUCAGCUCGUCCCUCGAGUACACCUAUCUGUGGAACAAUUUCGAAGUUUCGAAAUACUGAUAACAGUAAUAAGUUUACUGAUAAGAAAAGUGGUAGCAGUAGCAAUCCUAAUAAGUGCUUGGUAUUGAGGAGACCAGGGAGUCCUUGUAGAACUGUGAUACAGCAGCUCCAACAACAUCAACACUUACAUCAGCAACAAGUUAAAAAACAUCAGCGAGAGAAUCAACGUAAUUCGCAUCAUCAUCGGAGUGAAGUAAAGCAGCAGUGUUACCAGCAACGUCAGCAUCAACGAAAUAAGACUAGUGGUUGUUAUUCAGGAUCUGAUUCCAUUAGAUCAUCGUCCCCAUUGAGGUCGAAGAGUCCUGGUAGGACGUCCAGGGGUGGUGGAUGUUGCAGUCCUCAGGACGAUAACUGUUGUUGCCAACCGAGACUUCCUUCUGGUUGCGAAUGUCUAGGAGGGGGACUCGACUGCCAACGCUGCGGACGAAAAGUCUAUCAAGCGGAAAUGCAGAUUGCUUCCGGUAUUCCUUACCACAACAUUUGCUUCAGUUGUUUCUGCUGUCGUAAGCCAUUGGAGUCACUGACGUACCAGGAAAACUGUGGCGAGAUAUACUGUAAACAGUGCUACGUCAGAAAUUUCGGACCACAAGGCUACGGAUACGGUGCAGGCGCUGGUGUCUUGCAAACUCCCAUGUGAAUUCAAAGAAGAAUCAGGACCCUUAUUAUUUUAUAUCAAUUUUCAUUCCUAUACUAUUUUCACGCUCUUUUACAUACAUACGUUUUUAUAUCUGAUAUAGAAAUACAAUAAAACAC